AAGGUUUACAGCAAGAUAAUUGCGAGCGGCCCAUCGGUAAUUCCUGCAGCUCAAACGUGGCAGCCGGGCGGGGUGUGCGGCAGAGCCGAGCGCACAGCUUGGACCUGUCCGAAUUCUUCCUUGAUGGUGCAAACUUUAGGACUAGAGUUGUCUUGAAGAAGUCCCCGAAUUCAUGGGAAGAAGCCUUCCCCCUCUAAGAUGAUGGCCCUUCUUCCAGGACCUCCUGAAGAAGCCGGCGAUUUGCUCACAGUGUCGCCCGAGAAGAGCUGUUUCUUGGACGGGUCGGACUCGAGCGACGUAGAUGAGGGGCUGCUCGAUGACUUGGAGCUCAAUCCGUUUGAUGGUUUACCGUACUCGUCCCGCUUUUAUGAACUCCUCAAACAAAGGGAAAACCUUCCCAUUUGGAAAUGUAAAUAUGUCUUCUUGGAGGGUUUGCUGCACAACCAGAUCGUGGUGGUGUCAGGAGGAGCGAAGAGCGGGAAGAGUUCCCAAAUCCCUCAGUGGUGCGCAGAGUUCUGCUUGUCGGUGAACAAUCGGCACGGGUCCGUGGUGUGCACUCAGGUGCAGAGACAGACCGCUGUGUGGCUGGCCAUGAGGGUAGCGGAUGAGCUGGAUGUUAACAUUGGACAUGAAGUCGGCUAUAUUGUGCCUUUUGAGAACUGUUGUACCAGUGACACCAUUCUAAGGUAUUGUACAGAUGAGAUGUUAUUGCGUGAGAUGAUGUCCGAUCCCCUCCUGUCCAGCUAUGGAGUUAUUGUCAUCGACGAUGUUUACGAGCACUCCGUGUCUACCGAUGUCCUCCUCGCUUUCCUUAAGGAUAUCCUUUUAGCUAGACCAGAACUGAAGGUUGUCAUAAUCUCCCCUCCCGAACUGUCCAGCAGAAUAGUUUCUUACUAUGGAAACGUUCCUCUGGUUGAGGUGGAAAGCGCAUAUUCAGCAGAAGUAGUUUACACCUCUGCAGUUCAAAGGGACUAUUUCCAUGCGGCUUUAAGGCUUCUGUUUGAAAUCCACCACACUCAAGAGAAAGGGGACAUUGUUGUCUUUCUGGCUUGUGAGCAAGAAAUAAAACAGGCCUAUGAGAUGAUCCAUCAGGAGGCCAUGCACACAAAUCCCACACUAGGAGAACUGCUUCCAAUUCCGCUGUAUCCUCAUCAAAGCCUUCCACAAUACUUGCCAUAUGAAGGGCUGGAUUAUGGCUGCAAAGACCACAGGAGGAAAGUGGUGUUAACCACCAGUCUUGGCGAGUCCCUGAUCUGGAUGAGCAACAUUCACUUUGUCAUUGACGUUGGAGUGGAGCGGAGAAAGGUGUACAAUACCAGAAUCCGGGCCGAGUCUCUGAUCAGGCAGCCGAUCAGUAGAAUACGAGCCGAGAUGAGAAAGCAAGUCCUGGGCACUUGUCCUGCAGGAAAAGUCUUCUGCCUCUACACGGAGGAGUUUGCUCAAAAUGAUAUGAAAACAUUUCUGACACCAAAAGUUGAAGAGUCCAAUUUAACUUCAAUGGUUCUGUUUCUGAAGAGAAUGGACAUUGCCGGUCUUGGCCACUGUGAAUUUAUCAACAGACCCGACCCCGAAAGUCUCAUGCAAGCCUUAGAAGACCUGGAUUACCUGGCAGCGCUCGACAAUGAUGGAAAUCUUUCCGAAUUUGGAAUCAUCAUGUCUGAAUUUCCGCUGGAUCCACAGCUGUCAAAAUCUAUUUUAGCCGCCUGCGAGUUUGAUUGUGUGGAUGAAAUGCUGACGCUGGCUGCCAUGGUGACAGCUCCAAACUGUUUCCUGGAUUCAGCCCAUGAAGCCGAUGUGGCGAAGCAGCACAAGAGAAGAAAGUUUUUGCACCCUGCCGGAGAUCACUUCACUCUUAUAAACCUCUACAGAGAAUAUGAGCAGAUGAAGAUCAGCAAUGCCAGUCAGUAUGACAUUGAGAGAUGGUGCCAGGAUCACCUGCUGAACUACACCGCACUGGAGAUGGCACGUGUCAUACGAUCAGAGCUUCUAGAUAUCAUGAAGAGGAUUGAGCUGCCCAUCUCUGAACCAGCUUUUGGCUCUGACGAAAAUGUCCUAAACAUAAAGAAAUCUCUGCUGUCUGGAUACUUCAUGCAGGUGGCUCGAGAUGUGGAUGGCUUAGGGCACUACAUAAUGCUGACACACAAGCAAGUGGGCCAGCUGCAUCCAGAAUCUGGCUACUGCCUCAACCACAGCAUCCCGGAGUGGGUCCUGUUCCAUGAGUUCAGUGUAGCAGAUAGAAGUUGCAUCAGAAUUGCCUCCAAAAUCACCCCAGAACUGUUCAUGCAAUUGGCACCUCAAUAUUACUUCAGCAACCUACCCCCUAGUGAGAGCAAAGAGCUGCUACAGAAGGCAUUAGACUCCAUCUCAACUGUCUCUGCCCCUCAGGACCCUGAAGAUGACGGAGAGACUGGCGAUGAAGAGCAGAAUCUUUCUACAAAUGAACAGAGAUGUAGUAUACAAUGA